AUGCUAGCUACUCUACUGAUUUUCCGCCAGUUCUUACAGAACAUCAAAGAGGUCCUUCAGCCUUACCUGUAUGAGCAAAACAAGCUCGGUGUGUUCACUCCAAAGGUGCUGUGGGAGCUUCUCCAAGCCAUCGUGCUCAAAUAUGGCCGCCUGGCUCUGGGAAAGGCUCAAGCUUCAAUGACAUCCUAUUCCUUUCUGAGUCCCAGAGGAAUUCCUGUGAGUCACAGUGCAAACGGUAACCCAGAGCCAAAGAGAAGAGGAGAUCUGAAAGCAGGAUUCAGGCUGACAGAGGAAGAGUGGGACAUGACAGACAGUGCCAUGAAGCAACGUAAAGUCAGCUUCACCGAGAAGGUCGACUACCAGGAUGUCACAAUGGACACGCAGGCAGCAGAUGACAGCUCCCUAGAGGACAGUCCCACGCUGGUGGAGGAGGGCAUGGAUCCUUCCAGUAUUUUUGAUAGCUGCGAUGAGGACAGUGAUUGUGAAGUGCUGCCUCAAGACACCAAAGACAAUACCACCUCUGUCUGUCAGAGAAGAAGGAAUGUGGGGGAGGGCAAUGAUGACAAGAAAUCAUGGAUCGAUCCACCGGAAGAGCCAAAAACUGUCACUCUGACCCAGGCCGAGAUUGAGAGUUGUAUGCAGACAUACGAGGACACACUUCAGGACUACCAGGAGAUGUUCAUUCAGUUUGGCUAUGUGGUGCUUUUCUCUUCUGCGUUUCCGCUGGCGGCCAUGUGCGCCCUUAUCAACAACAUCAUCGAAAUACGCAGCGAUGCCCUGAAGCUCUGUACCGGCCUGCAGAGACCGUUUGGGCAGAGGGUGGAGAACAUAGGACAAUGGCAGACUGCGAUGGAGGCCAUGGGCUUGAUAGCCAUUAUAGUUAACUGCUACCUUAUUGGUCAGUGCGGGCAGCUUCAACGUCUGUUCCCCUGGCUUAGUCCUGAAAUGACCAUCAUCUCCAUCGUCCUAUUGGAGCACUUUGCAAUCCUCCUAAAGUACAUCAUCCAUGUUGCCAUCCCUGAUAUCCCUGGCUGGGUAGCAGAAGAGAUGGCCAAGCUAGAGUACCGACGAAGGGAAGCUUUCAAGAAGCAUGAGCUGCAGGCCCAACAACACUUCCAGCAGCAGCUCAGGCGCCGGCGUGAAGAAGAAGAGCUUCAGCGUCAUGCUGAGCUGCAGGCCGAAGCCCGUCAGGAGAGUGACUGCCAUAAGGCAGACACCCAGCACCAGCAUCACCAUGACAAAACACAAGUAAGCAAGCCAGGGGACAAGCCCAAGAGACCAAGCUCUCUGCUGGGAAACAACAAUGUGAUGAAGCUUAAGCAGAUCAUUCCUCUUCAGGGGAAGUUCUCCUCCGGCACGUCACGCUCACCGGCUCAGUCCCCAACGGGAGGCGAAGCAAAGCUCCCGGGAUUUCUGAAGUUCUUGAAGUCACCUGAGGUGAAAAAAGAGCCAGCAGUGGCAGUUGGAGCCAUGCAGGGGUCAACAGUGACCUCUUCAGUUCCCCCUAGUGGCCAGGAGAGGUCACAAUCCCCCAACCGGACAUUCAGUCCUGGGAAGCUGUUCAGCUUCAGCAAGUCAGAGGGUACUGUGGUGUGCGCAAAUGGGACACAGCUGACCACCCAGGCUGCUAACACUCAACCCAGUAGGGUUGAGUUAAACACAUCCUCAGAGGAAUUACCCUCGAAUGAGUCAGAUAAAGUUGAAUCGAAACAACUGACUGAUUUAGAAAGCUCCAACUCAAAGACUUAAUAAAUGAUCAGCCAAACCAGUGUAUUAUUAUAAAGUGGAGAGCAGCAUACAAGUGACAUUGAUGCACCUGCACUGCAGGAGAACAGUCAUGAGGACCACAUGUAAAGUCAGCGAGGAUUAGACUUUCACACUUCAUGCAACUUACUUCUCACAAAACAUUAAACUGUAUCUAUUAACACUCGACUAUCUAACUUCCAUGUAAAAAUGUACAGUAAGCAUAACUCCUUGAAUGGAGCUUGAGUAACCUUUAAUGAAGGUUCAAUUACUGCAUGAGUGGUUUUCAACAGCACCAAAACACACUGUAUUGAUGUGAACGAUAGUUUCCCCCCCCUCAAUUUCCAGGACUUUAUCACCAAUGAGCCCUUUUGUCAGAUGUCACGAGCAGCAACUUCCCAUUCUGUGUUUAUUUCUCCUUCAUUUUGAUGCCUGUAUAAAAUGCAUGUUGCAUUAUGUGCAUGCAUUACUUCUCCAUUAUGUCUUUUGAGUUGUGAAGCACUUUCAAAGCCAUUGUAUUCCUCCGCAAUAGGUCAGAUUUAUUCACUGUGACCAUAAAAAAAAUAUUCUAUUUUUCUUAACUUUGAUUUUCUAUGAAUUAUUUUACUACAUAAAUUAGUGAAUGUACUUCCUUGAUGCAAAUAAAUCUCACUUUAAUAAACGCCCAUCGAGAAAUAAAACACUCACUGUAUGACUGA